AUGAAUUGGAAUGGUGGAAAUGUAGCAACUUCCGUUGGAGGGGGACAGAAAGUUAAUUUAUUAAAACAUGAGCUGUCAAACACCGUUUAUCCAGAUGAUCAACUUAUUAUCUUUGUUGAUAGCUAUGAUGUUGUUUUCAUGCAAACUUUGGAAAAGUUACUCCAAGAAUAUCAGAAGUUUGAAUCAAAAGUGGUGUUCUCGGCAGAGGAGUUUUGUUGGCCAAAGGCAGAUCUAAAAGAUUUGUAUCCUGAGGUAAAGCCUGGUGAAAAACGAUAUCUGAACUCUGGAGGAUUUAUUGGACCAGUAUCUAAUCUAAUUAAAAUCGUGAACCAUGCGCCUAUUAAAGACGAUGACGAUGACCAGCUAUACUACACAAAUAUAUUUCUUGACUCUACACUAAGAAAAGAAUAUGAUAUUCAGUUGGAUAAAACUUCGAGAAUUUUUCAAAAUCUUAAUGGAGCAUUCAACGAUGUUGAAUUACGCUUUACUGAUGAGACAGGAUACUUAUUUAAUAAAGUAUUUUCUACGACACCAGUUAUUGCUCAUGGUAAUGGGCCAAUAAAGGUGGAAUUCAGUUCGCUGUCAAACUAUCUUGCAUAUUCAUGGACACCUUCACGAGGAUGCCAACAAUGUGAAGAAAAUAAUAUUCAUCUCAAUGAUCACACAAAGCAGGAAUAUCCUCUGAUAGUCAUGGGGAUUUUCAUUGAAUACCCAACACCGUUUAUUGGAAAGUUCUUUCAACGAGUAGCAGAGCUGUCAUAUCCGAAGUCUCGAAUUCAUAUAGUGGGCCACAGAGCGAGAACGGCAAAAAACCAACUCCCAUUCAUAGAACAUUUUAAUGACACGUUUGGACACGAGUACCUCUCGAUAAAUUGGCUCGACGAGGAACUUAGUGAAGAGGCAGCAAGGAAGAGAGUAUUUGCGUAUUGUCUAUCAGUUGAGGACUGCAAGCACGUAUUUGUAUUAGACAGUAUCGCUCAGCUAACCAAUCCGAAAACCUUGGACCACUUAGUUAAGAUGAAUCGAUCAAUAAUUGCACCAUUAUUAACAAGAAGAGGAAAGGCGUGGUCGAACUUUUGGGGAGCACUGGGCAGUGAUGGGUUUUAUACUAGGUCGGAAGACUACAUGGAUAUAAUCAGUUAUAAUACAAGUGGAAUUUGGAAUGUUCCCCUAGUUCGUAGUGCCUAUUUAACCUCACGAUGGGCGGUGCGUAAGUUGAUUGACGCAAAACUAGGGAACGAAAUCGACAUGAACUUCGCCAAGGAAGCAAGAGAUAAAAAUGUUUUCAUGUUUGUGGAUAAUCAAAUGGAAUUCGGGUACUUGAUGAAUGCUGACAAUUACACUAAUGAUCACCUCCACAACGACUUGUGGCAAAUAUUCGACAAUCCACAGGACUGGGAAGAACAUUAUAUACAACAGGAAUACUUCAACUUUUUGAAAACUGAAAUCACAAUGGCAGACGUUGAACAACCAUGUCCCGAUGUGUUCUGGUUUCCCCUAUUAACAGAAACGUUUUGCAAGCAACUUAUUGAAGAGAUGGAAAAUUUUGGAGAGUGGUCAAAUGGGGAUAACCACGACCCACGACUUGAAGGGGGCUAUGAAAAUGUACCUACACGCGAUAUCCAUAUGCGCCAAGUCGAUUGGGAAGAGCACUGGCAACACGUCUUGGGGAAAUACAUAUACCCAAUACAGAAAAAGCUUUACGAGGGAUACGAAGACAGACCACGAGCACGCAUGAAUUUUGUUGUCAGAUACAGACCGGAAGAACAACCCUCAUUGAGACCACAUCAUGAUGCAUCUUCGUAUACGCUUAAUAUAGGACUGAACCAACCCGGGAAAGACUAUCAGGGAGGAGGAGUUCGCUUCAACCGGUAUAACUGUUCAAUCAUAGAUACACGAGUUGGUUGGGUUGUAAUGAGUCCCGGAAGGGUGACACAUUUACAUGAAGGGCUACCAACAACAAAAGGAACUCGAUAUAUCUUUGUCACUUUUGUAAACCCUUAA